GCCACCGGUGAGGCGCUCGCUCGCUCGCGCACCUGCGUUGAUUUCUGCGGGAAUGCUGAGCUUAAACCCAGCCUGACUUUCUUCUCUGCGCUCUCCCAAACGAUGGCUGAAUCGCGGAGGGUUCAGCUGACCACACUGAGCUGUGGUCGGCCCUCGUUCUCCGAUGUUCUGGUUCCGUCUGGUGGUGUGAUGAUGAAGGAGAACCUCUGUGACCGGCCUAUUGAUUCCAGGUCGGUUCGGCUCGUUGUCACACUUUUCGAACCGGACGAGCAGAAGUUUCCAGAGUUCAGCUACCGUCAGCUGCUUGACAAGAUAAAACAAACAGAAGAUCAUCAACUGGACGUGUUUGAGCAGGAAAAUGGAGAGAAAGAUGAAGCAGCUGCCAUUGCAAGAAAGUUUGAGGAAAAAUAUGGUGGCGUGUAUAAAAAGGACCGCAUUCAAGACUUAAUUGAUAUUGGAUAUGGCUAUGAUGACGAGGAUUCCUUCAUUGACAACUCUGAGGCUUACGAUGAGUUUGUCCCGUCCUCCAUCACGACCAAAUUUGGGGGCUUUUACGUAAACUCAGGAAUUCUACAGUUCCGAAAAGCUUCAGACUCUGAGACCGACGACCUUCCAGCUGAUGAGGUGACAUUUGAUUUUGCAAAAAAAUACAAGCCGGAUUGUGAACAGAGUAAGCCAAAGAAGUGGUGCAAAGCCAGUGAAGAAAUGAAAAGCAAUGCAGAUCUAAAGCUAAGAGGUGUGUCUAAAGCUGUCCCCGAUGACUCAAAGGUCAGAAAGAAGAAAAAGGCUGUCAGAGCGCUGAGUGUCACCAGCAUGCUGAGAAAGUUUCAAAGAGAAAAAGAACGGCAGACUAUGGAAGAGGCUAAACGUGUGGCUGCUGUGAUGACAAAUGCCUCCAAAGCCUCACUGCUCCCCGCAGACUCAGCUGGGAGUGGAGGGCCGGCGCUAACAGACCCCCUGCUCAGUUUGAUUGGCUCCACCAAUGACCACGCUCUUAUCCAAGCGGCCAACACGGUGGAUUUUGACAUCGAUUUGGACUCUUUGUUAGAUGCCAGUGAGGUAACGUUGUCGCCAGAAUUACCUUUUCAAACAGAGGCUAGCCAGACCAGAACAGAUGAUCAGAUGCAGUCAAAGGUCACAUGUGACCAUGAAGUCCACCAUCAAGAAACAAAGAUCCCCUCUCAGUUGAAGCCUCCUCUAGAACCAGUCCAGCUCCUGCCAGAUCAAAGUUCCGUUUCGGCUCCGUGUGCACCGCUGCCUGAGGGGCUUCCUCCAGCUCUGGAGGAAAACAUUGGGAAACUCAUAGAAGCUGCUAAGACAUCAGAAGGAGAGUCAAAACUCAAGUUUUUCAGCCCAGACAUCAAUUCAGUCCUCCUCGAUAUUGAGCUGCAGUGUCAGGGGCAGAGCGGCCAGCUGCGCUCCAAGGUGUACAGACACCUGUCGUCCUUCCUGCCCUGCAGCAGAGACACACUUCUCAAACGAGCAAAGAAACUCCUCACAAAACAGCUGUUACUUGUUUCUGGAACGUUAAAGGAAGAACCCUACGAUGCAGAAGAACCGAUGCAGAAACUUAAGGAAACCAUUGCCAGAUCCAUGCCAGAGCAGAUUGCAGGUUUCCAUGAAAGCUGUCGCGCAUAUGAAGAAACCAAAACAUUAAAGACAGCAGAGGACAGUGUGGAGGAGAGGGCUGGCAGAAAAGGAGGCCCAAAGAAGUUGUUCAAAUGGAAUGAGGAGAUCAGGGAGUGUUUAAGUCAUGUGCUAAAGGAAAAAACAGACAAAUAUAAAAAAGAAGGCAAGGGGGACCAGGAAAUUGAAGAGUUUCUGAAAACCUUCUUAGAAAAUGAGGUUAAAGCACUUUGGCCAAAAGGAUGGAUGCAGUCAAGAGUGCUGCUAAGGGAAAGCAAGAAGCUUUUGGGGCUCUUUCACUCACUACUGGGAAACAAAGCAAGGUGUUUGAAAAAACAGUCCACUGGUGGAGCCUCCAAGAUGUCCGAUGUCUGUAGCAGCUUUUAUGGAGUUCCACCAAGGUGUGAACUUAACCAAAGGCCGGAUUCUGGCCUGAAUGACUCCCUGCAGCGGUCCAGCUGUCGUUCUGUGUGUCAGAGGGAAGGCGCUGCUUCAGAAAUGGGUAUAGAUGAAGUGUUGAAUGUUCCACCUUUGGUUCCAAAGGCAGACGGACCUCCAGACCAAGCUGCUUCUGAGCCUUUAGUUUCAUGUCUCGGUAAUCUGACUGGACAAGAAGUGACCAGUGAUCAGCCUCUGGCGCUUUCCCAGGAGCUCCUGGCAGAAGCUUUUGCAAAGCACUGGAGCACAGAAAAGGAUGUGAAUAGUCCUCUUCUGCCUCCAGCCCCUCAGCCCAGCCCAAUCAGUUUCCCUGGAAACAAGGAGUGCCAGAUCGUUUUUCCUCACCUGCUGAAGAUUGGAGAUGCCAGUCAGCUGGAUGCUGCUUAGAUGCUAGUCAUCUCUGAUUCUGAUGCUGUGUGCAAUCUGAACAGAGUCCAGAUUGAAAUCCUGAGCACUUGAUGGAAAACCCAACACUGGAGAUGGAAGCUAGAGCCGCAAUUACUAAUUAGUAACAAAUAUACUUGUUAGAAGUCUUUCUGUUGUUUUUUUUUUUUCUCUUUUUAUUUUUUGGUAAGAAGACAUUCGCCUACCAAAGAUGAACCAGAUUGAAUAUCUUGAUCUCCAGACUAAAGAAG